CUGACUCCCCGCUCCUCCUCUCCUCCGCUCCUCGCCCUGUCACUCGGCUGUUUGCUCGCUGUCUGUCGGUGUGUGCGUGUGUAUGUGUGCGUGUGUGUGUUAGCUAGCUGUUAGCUACUCGUCACAAUCAGCCGCAGGAGCGACGCGACCAUGGCGGACACAGCCAGGGACCCUCCACCGGAGCACACCGACUUCCAUGAGCUGGAGGACGGGGAGGACCUGUUCCCGGAGCCGGCCGCCACACUGGAGUCAGGACCAGCCAGUCUACCAGCUGAAGACAUCAGCACCAACUCAAAUGGACCCAAACAGGAUUCACUGUUCGAUGACGAUCCAGAGGACCUGUUCGCAGAGGCCACAGAGGAGGUUUCGUUGGACAGCCCAGAGAGAGACGUCCUGCUGUCUGACGGCCCGUCGCCCGCCAUCACCCCCAUCACUCCUCCCACCUCCGUCAUCACCCCUCGCAUUGGCCUCCCCCACGACGACAUGUUCACACACUCCUCCUUUGAUGAGAUUGAAGAGGAGGAGGCCGGCUAUUCAUUCGACAUGCACAUAUCGGUGUCUGACCCUGAGAAAGUGGGUGAUGGGAUGAAUGCGUACAUGGCCUACAAAGUGACGAUCAAGACCAGCAUGUCUCUGUUCAAGAGCAAUGACUUCUCAGUAAAAAGGCGUUUCAGUGAUUUUCUGGGUCUGCACAGUAAACUGGCCUCUAAGUACCUGCACGUAGGCUACAUCGUCCCCCCCGCACCAGAGAAAAGCAUUGUGGGGAUGACGAAGGUGAAGGUGGGGAAGGAGGACCAGUCGUCCAACGAGUUUGUGGAGAAGAGGAGGUCGGCACUGGAGCGGUAUCUGAUGAGAACAGUAAAGCAUCCCAUCCUGCUGAAGGAUCCUGACGUCCUGCAGUUUCUGGAGAGUUCAGAGUUGCCGCGGGCAGUCAGCACUCAGGCUCUGAGCAGCGCUGGACUCCUCCGAAUGGUCAACAAGGCCGCAGACGCCGUCAACAAGAUGACCAUCAAGAUGAACGAGUCGGACGCUUGGUUUGAGGAGAAGCAGCAGCAUUUUGAGAAUCUGGACGUUCAGCUGAGGAAACUUCACACCAGCGUGGAGUCUCUGGUCUGUCACAGGAAAGAGCUGUCGGUGAACACGGCGCAGUUCGCCAAGUCGGCGGCCAUGUUGGGGAACAGCGAGGACCACACGGCUCUGUCCCGAGCUCUGUCGCAGCUGGCCGAGGUGGAGGAGAAGAUCGACCAGCUGCACCAGGACCAGGCCAACGCAGACUUCUACCUCUUCUCCGAGUUACUGGGCGACUACGUGCGCCUCAUCACCGCCGUCAAGGGUGUGUUUGACCACCGUAUGAAGACGUGGCAGAAGUGGCAGGACAGUCAGAUGCUGCUGCAGAAGAAACGAGAAGCUGAAGCCAAACUGCAGUUCAACAACAAACCGGACAAACUGCAGCAGGCCAAAGACGAGAUCAAAGAGGAGAUUGAGGAGCUGGAGGGGAAGGUCCAGCAGGGAGAGAGAGACUUUGAACAAAUCUCCAAAACCAUACGCAAAGAAGUCAGCAGGUUCGAGAAAGAGAGAGUGAAGGACUUUAAAACGAUCAUUAUCAAAUAUCUGGAGUCACUGGUUCAGACACAACAGCAGCUGAUAAAAUACUGGGAGGCCUUCUUACCUGAGGCCAAGGCCAUCUCAUAGAGUCCACACACACACACACACACACACACACAACAGACAGUCCUGACUGGCUCCGGUCAAACUACACUACCCAUAAUGCACCAGUCCUCCCAGCUCACCCUGCUCCUCCUGUUUAUGCCCAGAGUGAUGAAGACAAGUGAAGGCAGCCAGUCAGCUCCAAGGGACUUUUCUGCAGUAAAAAAAAACAUCAGCAAGAAAACUCUUAACUUUACACUUCGUCUUCUUUUAGUCCUCUUUUUUUGUCUCUGCUGAACUCGUGUUGCGUUCAUGUCCCCCCCCCAGUAAUUGUUCUCCUGAUCGAUGCUUUUACACUAACGCUGUAAUGCUAACAACAGUUUUGCACUCCUCGUACUUUUCCUUCUUCGUAUUGUCAGAAUUCAAAAUUCAAAAAUGAGAAAAGAAACUUCCUGCGUUGGAUUUUUUAUAAACAUGAAAGUCAGAAGCUCAUAAUCCCGUACGACAUGAACGCAGCAUUAGUCAUGACCCUGGUGAUGGCUUUCCUCUCCAAACAGAUUCACACAUGGUGCCACUUUUUACAACUUUGAGCACUUUGUUUAUUUUUGCCACCAGACACAAAGGGAACGGGUGAGUGUGGUCGUGGGCGGAGGAAUCUCACUCUGUGAAUUUGUAUUUGAGUUUAUUUGUAAGGAAAACCUCGAUACUCCGCAGCAACAACAGAUAGGUAAAGGAAAUCAUGUUUAUUUCCCUCCAUCAGUUUGGUCUUUGUGUGCAUGGAAGCACAUUCUUGCCAUAAAAUUUAAAAAGAUGAUGAAAGUCAAAGCAAAUUCAGAAAAUCUUGAAAGUGAACUUAUUUAAAAUUUUCCCUGCCAUGUCCCGCCUGGCAACAAAACCAUGAAGCUAUUCGAUUGGACGUCUUUUGCUGUGAUCUCUGGGAAUUGUAGUUGACUUCUCUCCUAACACGAUCUUGAAACUUUUGCUUUUUUUUUUUUUUUUUUUUUUUUUUUUUUUUUUUUCUUGGUGGAGCAGAUUUUCUCUCUGCUCAGUGUCUGUGUUUGAAACCAGGAAUGUGAAGAUGUUACUGCAGGACGCCUGCAACCACCUGUCCAAUUUUAUCCAUAAAUAACAUUUCAGCAUCAUGGGACUUUUAUCCAUCGCUCUCAGAAGUUAUGCUAACAGUGCUAACAGCUUUUUGUUACAGCAGGUAACCAUGGGAACCACUAAACUCCACUAAAACCCCCAAAACCAACCUUAAAGUCUGAAUAUCUGCAGUUUUAUUUUGAAGUUUGGAACGUGAGCUGUGAAACUGAUCUGGAGUCAGUGAUGAAGGACGACUGACUGCAUCCUGUUGUGAUUUUGUGUCUUGUAUUUCCUGUCACCAGUCCUAUCCCCUCACUUCCUCCGUCACUUGCAUUUCAAAACAAGAGUCUUUGUUUUUGUUGCUGUAUGAUCGCAAGUGAAGGCAACGCUUUCUGGUUUCUGUCCUCUCUGAGCCAACGAGAGCCGAGAAGGAAGAAUCUCACUUUGUGGUUCAUUUCACUGCUGCUGUCUCCUGAACAUUUCCAAACUUGGAAAGUUAGAUUUUCGCUCGAUAGAAUCACUUUGACUUUACUCUGAGUUUAUUUGACACAUUCUCACUCCCGGCUCGUCAGAUACCAACACUUGGUCAGUGGCCCGUCAUGUCAGAGUGUGACGCACUAAGUACACCUCCUGCGUCAGUUUUGGACGUUCAGGGAAGGCGUGUCAAUUGACGCCUGUUACGUACAUCGUCUCUUUUCAAAAUAAACUUCUGUUUACAAAGAAAAUGCAGUUUCUGCUUGCUGCAUGCAUGCAGUCGCUUUCAAAAUAAAUCAAGAACAUUAGUAAAAAACGUCAUAUUUUUAGAUUUACUUUGUUACGUUCAGGCAGCAAAAGCAUGCAGUUUAGCUCAUUAAAUAAAUUAGUUUGUUGUUCACCUCUUCCACCAAAAUUAGCUCCUGUACGUGUUUUUUUUUUUUAAAACAGGAAAAACCCGCUAAAAUAGGUGAUAGACUCCUCUCCUGUUACCAGUAGACCUCAGCUCUGCAAUAGACGAGUAGACGUCACGUUCAACAUCACAGACAGGCUGGGAAACAGGUUAGUCAGCAGUAGAAAGCAGCAUGGAGGCCUGUGAAGACUCUACUGUGGUGACUUCAUUUUAUUUAUCCGUUAUUCAGUCUGUCUUUUAAGCUUGGCGCAGACUCAUUUGGAACGUUUGAGCGCCGCUUGGGCGGAGACAGAUGUUAUUUUGUGGUGCUGCGUCGCUGCAUCUCGCCGAUUAAGGGGCUAAAAGUAGCGCGUUCACCUGUAUGUUGUUUCCAUCAAUGCCAUUUGGAGCCGAUAAACACCUGUGACUACUUCAGAGUCCCUUGUAGCCUUAGUCAUUCAAAAGCCAGAUGAUAGCCGGUGUUAGUGGGUUUUUUAUGCCGUGGAGAAGAGGAUUACUAACCUGAUGUAACAUCACAUGAUAUAUGUCACUAGCAUAGCAUGGUGCACAAACUAACACACUAUGUUGUUCUUAAAUAACUGGACUGACUUUUGGUCUCACACUGGACCCAUCCAGCUCCCCUCCUCCCUGCCUUAUGCUCACUGUCUCGCUAUUUAUGCUGCGUGAGUUUCCUGGAGUGUCAGUAUGAGCCACCAUCUUGUACCGCAGCUAAAGUGUGCCUCUGUUCGACAGUGUCUAACGCUGAUGGGCCACUGACCAAAUGUCGCUAUGUCUGUGGCAUCAUUGAAGAUUUUUCCCACAGUGUCCAAAGGGAACAAAGUUUCUCUGCUGCAUUACUCCUGACGUCAUCAGACCUAAACCAGAGGGGUACGAGAGUAAAUUAACCUCUAUGAUGUCAUAUUAGAUCACAUGUUCAAUCGUAAACCCACAGUGUGAGCAGAACCUCAGUGUGUUCCUUCCUCUUCCUCGUCGUGCUCAGAGAGGAAGACUUUGAUGUUUUGAUAUUUUGGUUUCAUUAAAUUUAACAGGAAAUGAAAAACAAGCUUGUUAGCAUCUUUAGCAUUUUUAGCUUCAGCAGCUCAUGUUGCUAACAAGCUGUGUUCACUGCAGAUGAGGGAUGUCUUGUUGAAGAAGACUAAACUGAACCCAGAGUUCAGAGUGUUUCAGGUGUGGAGGAAGUGAGUGGCUGUCAGGUGACAGAGUGUGUGUCCGUCCGUCCGUCCGGAGAGCAGCCUCGGACUGUCUCUCUUCGUGUUGAUCAGCGUGAGGGCUGCUACUUUACAGAAUCUGUUCUUGAUUUUAUUUUGCUGACUUUAAAGCACACUAUUAUCAGAAUAAAAUCUGACAUCCUGAAUCUAUCAGAGAAAAUAAAUCUGACAUCUUAUUAGAUAAAUGUAGAAAUGAAAACUGGAAUUAUUUUCUUCUUCUUCUCAGUCCAUAUCUCCACUGCUCCUCAAUCUUAAAUCAUAUAACGCUGUGUUGAUUGCUACCUUUUUGUAUUUUAUUCCAUGUUUUAUUCCAGAUUUAUUUUGCCGCCUAAUGAUGUGCAAUGGUUGAAAACUUUCAGUUGAUUUUAUUUUAUUUUUUUUGUCGUUAUUUUCACAGAUGAUGAAAUUCUUUAUCUGAGCAGAUUUUUUUAAACUUUAUGUUUUGACGUGACAUUCCUGCAGCGCGGCAGAGCAGACGUUUAAAAACUUUAAUUACAAUAAAGGAAUGUAUCUCA